AUGGUUUACCUCAGCUUCCUGUCAUUCUUGUUCAAGAGUACUGAUUGGGUGAGCUUAAAUGGGCUAGUGGCCCUGGUCACUACAAGUGGCCAGGAGCUCUUCUCCUUGUUUGCCUUCCACUGUCCGUGCACACCAGGGUUGAACUUCCAGUACGGGCUGAUUACCAUCGGGGUGCCCGCCUUGGUGUUCUUCUUCAUCAGCAUCUUCCUCAACAAACAAACCAGGAACCUGGUGGCCGAGUGCAAGAACUGCAUGAACAAGGAAUGCUCAAUCAUCACAACCGUCUUCCUCCUAAAGUCCAUCCUAGUCCGUGCUCUCGUGGCCCCAGUCACCUGGUUAGUCAUCUCCCUGCUGCGCGGGGAGGCCUAUGUCUGUGCAUUCAGCGAGUUCAUGGACCCGUCCUCGCUCACGGCCGGGGACAAGAGCUUUCCUCUCUCCCAUGCCACGUGGGUCCUGGCCAGUUUCCCUUGCAGGGAGGGCCCAGCCAACCUGUCCGACUUCCAGGAGGAGGUGAACCGCAGGCUCAAGUAUGAGUCUCAGUACUUAGGGUGGCUGCUCAUCUUGUCGAUGGCCAUCCUGCUGUUUCUGGUGAAGUUCUUCCAGUCCUGCUGUUCGAAAUUCGGCUACCGCCAGGAGGACUACGUGGCCCGCUACCUCGCCAAUGAGGAGCAGCUCUUCCAACGCACAGCAGAGGUGCGCUCGCUCGCAAUGGCAGCCAAAAACGUGAAGCGCUUCUUUGGGUUCGUGGAGCUCAACAAGGAGGAGGAGGAGCUGGUAGCCAAGUUCCCCGCACAAGACACCCACCCGAAGCUACAGUGGGAUAAGAUCACUGGCAGUUACCUGUUCCAGAAGAAGCUGGGUAUCCCCCUCUACAGCCGCCUGCAUGACUGGGCCCAGGGUAAACAUGACAAGGCCAGGGUCAUCGACACAGAGAUGGAGGCCCUGCUCCCCCACCGAGAGCCCAAACUUGCUGCCAGCCUGACCCCUGACCCCUGCAGCCCCAUCCUUCCUCCUGCACCAGUGGCUCUGGGGGAAGUAUGA